CACACAGGGACCGCCCCCAAGUACUGAUACCUCAUCCAAACACGGGAUAGAAGUGACUGACUGAGAAACAAACUGGGAGUUGUGUCCUGUAACUCCUUCCCCUGUGUCCCUGGCAUUCCCCUCCCCUGCACUCACAUCUCCAGCCUGGGCUACUGGUUGCACACCAUGCCAACUUGCAUAGUGAAGGGAUGUUCCAACAGCUGCUCAAAAAAGCAGUUUCCUCACGUUGUGCUUCACGCUUUCCCCGGAAAUCUCACCCAAAUAAGAAAUUGGCUGGAGCACAUUCCCCAGAAUCUUCAAAACUUCAGAGACAUCGACGAAAUGGCGCUAAGAGUAUUAAAGGGGAAAAAAAGCGACACGUUCCGCGUGUGUUCGGAACAUUUCACCGUGGAUAGUUACACCGAACAAGGCAAAAAAAGACGAAUCCUCAAACGAGAGGCGGUACCAACGCAGUUUCCCGAAACCUUCUCGCCUCCUUUGAAGAAACCGAAGACACAGAGAGUCUCUAAAAAACAUAAAGAUUUGGACUCCACUCUGCUCCAAGUGGCACCUAAUCACUCACAAGUCGUAAUUCAACAACUUCCCUGUGUUUGUUCAAGAAUAUCAGUUGCAAAAAAGCCAAUAUUGGUCGACGCCAGCACUUACACCACCUGUUACUUUGAGAAGAAAUCAGCUUCUACUAACACGGGUACUAAAUUUGCCAAGAGAACUGUGGCCUCACAGACAGUAUUUAACCAGAAAAAUAAGAGGUUGCAGUGCAAUUUCAUGCCGGGACAGUAUCCAGUAACGAGCCAGACUGUGGCUACUCCCUUGGAAAGGCCACCGCCAUGGGCUGCUCCUCAAGUGCACUGGGCAACACCAAGCCUCAAAAACAGCUAUAACGGGCCGGCCCUGGAUAUGGGUUCAACCUGUCUGAGAAUGAGAGAGGAAGCAGAGUCCGAUUCCGUUGCUACAAAGGGUGUAGAUAUGCGCGUGGGUGCUACAGAACACACGGACCCGACCAAUGAGCCUUUAGUUCAGAACACAUACAAUGCCAAAGUUGCCGAUGAUGAAUGCGAAGUGGAAUCUACAGUCGAUUCAGAGAAUCUGACGGAUUUGGGAUACAAAGAUGAGGUUGAUGAGAACAAGUUUCUUGUAUUCGAGUCUUGUCUGGAUAAACUUCUGUGGGGCUCACGUUGCAGGGGAGGGAGGAACUGUCCGGCAGCCAUUAAGAGCAUUCGGAAGAAAAUAACCGGAUCUUUCCUAAGUGUAAAUGCUGUUUGUACCAAAGGACAUUCAUUCCAUCUUUGGGACAGUCAACCCAAAAAGGGCCACAUGCCGAUCGGCGAUGUGUUAAUGUCGGCCGCCAUCGUACUAAGCGGCUCCAGUUACAGCAAAGUGAGUUACAUGAAUAAAAUUCUGGGGCUCAGGCAGAUCGGGAAGGAAACCCAUUAUCGCCACCAAAGACUCUUCCUGUUCCCGACCAUCAAUCACCACUGGGAAUCGGAGCAGCACCGAGUGAUGAAAGAACUGGGGCAGAAACCAGUGUGCCUCGUCACUGAUAGGAAUUGCCACAGUGCAGAAAAGCGCUGUGUUUGCACAUUUAUGGAGGCAACCUCAAAGAAAAUUGUGAGCUUGAAGGUGAAUCAAGCGUCGCCUGAAACAUCUUCCCUCGCACUCGAGAGACAAACAUUCCAAAGCGCCUUGGAUAAUGUGCUGCAGUGCAACGUAAAUGUUCAGCUGGUCUGUACGGAGCCGCGGCCCUGGGUAAAGAACCUGAUGGAAGAGAAUUAUGGGCACAUCCUACAUGAGUUUGAUGCCUGGCGCUACGGGAAAUCCGUUGGUAACAGAGUGGCUGCCGCCAGCAAAAAGAGAAACUGUUCCGAGCUUUCCCAGUGGGGCGCCCCAGUGAGAAACCAUUUAUGGUGGGCGGUUAGAUCAUGUGAAGGCAACACGGAACUAAUGAUGGAGAAAUGGAACUCACUAAUAUAUCACAUAAUUGGGGUACAUAAAUGGAGGACGGGCGCGCUCUUUCACACUUGUGAACAUGCGCCUCAGGAGGAUGAAGUGACAAGAUCAUUUCUAGUGAAAGGUUCUAGAGCGCAUCGAAAGCUGAGAGAGAUUGUACUGAGUCGGGACAUCAACAAAAAUCUCCCAAAGCUGCGGAAUAUUUGUCACAUGGGGGAGCUGGAUGUGUUCCGCAGCAACGCCCUCAAGUACCGGCCAAAGCAAAGCCACUUCUCCGCCCAUUCCUUAAUUGCACGGACUCAGCUGGCCGCACUAGACCACAAUAGGAAUGUCCAUCACCAGCUGGCCAUCUUGGCUAAUGGAAGAGAUGAGGAAGUGCUAAGGGAGGACUAUCCCAGGGUGGAAUUCCGUGAGUUGAAGAAGGACUGGCGAGUGAAACCUGUGUAUGACUUGGCACGGUGUGAUUUUAUAUUCACUAUCAUGAAAGACGUGGUCAGAUACGUGUAUGGGGAAAGGUGUCCUGGGUAGCGGCGACUCCCUUCUGAAUCCAAACCCAACAGGGAGAGGCCAUUAAACAUGGUGUGCAAUCAGAGAAAUGUGUUCGAGACAAACAUGGUUUGAAAUAAUCUUAACAAGAACGUUUCAGAGGGAAGUUCUGUCAUUCUCUAAAAUGAGACAAGAGAAUUAGUCAAAGGUCUGAAUAUUUUCCCAAGGGGCAGGAAGAAACGUGGUUAUUAAAGGGGAAGUUUAACUUUCAAUUGGGUUUCGGUCUAAAAAAUUGGGGGUCAGUAAUCCCCAUGUAAAGGCUGGAAAGGGGCAGGAUAGGUGAAUAAUUCAGAGACUAUUAAAAAUAAAGAUUAAUCAAAACUACUCUAAUAUACUACAAGUUGUUAAACAUAAAUUAAUAAUAACUUAAAGGUGAACUACAUUUAUUCCUCUAAAGCAGCGGUGGCUAAUACGUCAAUCGCGGUCCACCAGUCGAUCCCCCGUGGAUUUCUGGUGGACCGCGAUCAAGCCGGUCGUUGGACGAUCGCGAGCGAAAAAAGUCUGGCCACCCCUGCUCUAAAGGAACCUGUCCCAGCACUGGAGAGCUUAGGCAGCACUGCAGUAAAGUGA